AUAAAUAAUAUUCAUGUUAAGACAAGCGCUGCUGAUGCAUCGAUUAACACCCCCCAGAUAAGACAAAGCAUUAACGCCUAAACAAAGGAGUUAUCCGAGCGCACCGGCAUGAGCCCCACAUGCGCGACUGCGCAUGCUCAGUGCCGGACAGACCGGUGUCCAGUCAGUGUCAGACACACUGAUCAGAUGCGUUUGCCUCAUAUGCUCCAGUCCCGUUAGUUACAUUCUGUUUGCCUUCGCGUUAUUAUUGCCAAAUCUGCGGGGUUGAUGUGUUUAAACGCACGCUGUAGAUUUAAAUCCAGACAUUUAUUCACUCUCAUAUUCCACCCGGGCUGCUCUGCACCUGAUGUCGGCAUAGGCACGCGCUCGCAAGGAUAAUCAUCUUAGAACUAGAGCCAUGGAGACGGUCAUUCACUUUAUGAAUGACUCUGCCGAGUUUUAUAAAUGGAGCCUUACCAUAGCAGAUAAGCGUGUGGAGAAAUGGCCGAUGAUGUCGUCGCCGCUCCCCACCCUGGGGAUCAGCGUUCUCUACCUGCUCUUCCUCUGGGUCGGACCCCUUUACAUGCAGAACCGCGAGCCUUUUCAGCUCAGGAAAACCCUCAUUGUGUACAACUUCAGCAUGGUGCUGCUCAACUUCUACAUCUUCAAAGAGCUGCUCCUGGGAUCGAGAGCGGCCGGAUACAGCUACCUCUGUCAGCCUGUGAACUACUCGAAUGAUGUUAAUGAAGUCAGGAUAGCGUCGGCUCUGUGGUGGUACUACAUCUCUAAGGGAGUGGAGUUUCUGGACACAGUGUUCUUCAUCAUGAGGAAGAAGUUUAAUCAGGUCAGCUUCCUGCACGUCUAUCACCACUGCACAAUGUUCAUCCUGUGGUGGAUCGGCAUCAAGUGGGUUCCUGGCGGACAGUCUUUCUUUGGCGCUACAAUUAACUCAGGCAUUCAUGUGCUGAUGUAUGGCUACUACGGCUUGGCAGCGUUUGGUCCAAAGAUCCAGAAGUACCUGUGGUGGAAGAAAUACCUCACUAUUAUUCAGAUGAUCCAGUUCCACGUCACCAUUGGUCAUGCCGCUCACUCUCUCUACACGGGCUGCCCGUUCCCGGCCUGGAUGCAGUGGGCUUUGAUCGGCUACGCCGUCACGUUCAUCAUCCUGUUCGCCAAUUUCUACUACCAGACCUACCGCCGCCAGCCACGGCUCAAGUCGGCAAAACCUGUCAUUAAUGGCUUCUCCACAGCAAGUAAUGGCACCACUAAGGCACCGGAGGUCACGGAAAAUGGAAAGAAACAAAAGAAAGGAAAAGGAAAACAUGACUGAAAUGAAACACGGAAACUCAUGGGGUUCAAAAAUGCCCAUGUAAUCUCAACCACAACAGACUGUUUGGUAAUUGUAAAAACAAAAUUGGUCUUUUUUUGGUCAACUUGCUGAUUGCAUUUCAAACUAGGAACAUUUCUUAAGGAUACCAACGCAACCAAUUCUGUGUGACGUCACUUUCUUGGUCAUCUCCUGAUGUUUAGGCUACUUGUGAAUAUUUUAUAAUGUAAUUCGUCCCUUGUGGUAUGCCGAAUCUGAAGAGCAAACUACUUUAGGAUAUUUAAGUAUCAUCUAGGGGAGAAUAGUCAGUUUUAAACUGUUUUUUUUUUCCACAGAAUGACAGAUAAAUACACUUUUUUCACGUAAACUUGAAACUGAUUCUCUUAAAGUUUUUAUUGAAUACAAGAAGAUGAUGAAAGAUUCUUACAUAAACGGCUCAUCUGGAUGCUUUACAUGUCCUUCCUCUGUUCUCAGUGGCAGGCAGUUUUCUUGACAAUCUUGAAUCCUGAAACAACAAAUGAUAUGGAGUCAUUCAAGAUGCAAGACUAAUCACUUCCAUAACACUUGCGGAUAAUCCCACAAAUCUCAUUUUCUAUUUUUUAAUAGCUAUAUUGUCAGUUUGAAUCUUCAUUCGUAGUGAAACAGUGGUGUUUAAGGACUCUGGUGACCGUUAUUACAAAUAGAGGAUUUUUAAAAGUGGCAAUACAAUUCAACCAAAGAAAAACACUUCACAUUUGGUGGGUUUAUACUUUUGCAUUAGAUGUGUUUAAUUUAAUUUCCUGUACUGAACAAGUUCCUGAGAAUGCAUGCAGUAAUGAUGGUAUCAUCGCUUUAUACUCAGGUAGUUUUACAUGUUUUUGUUCAUGUAAAUUUAGACACAUAUACUGCAUACACACACACUUGUGUCCUUAAUAUCCAAUAUGUGUACUCCUCUCUAUUGCUUUAUGCAUGUAGCUUUUUAUGAAGUUUUUGCAAAAGUCAUAUUGCAUUACAGCUACACUAAUUUUGCUUUUUGUUCCCUUUAUGAAAAAAAAGUUCCCUAUUAAUAAAAUCCAACAAUUCUAAAAGCAGGUAGACAACUCUCAAAACAUGUUUGAAAACUGCUGUCUAUGCUGUAUAUUUCCUGUGUGAAUGAAUACUCUUAAAUUCACACAGGAAGUGCACAGGCGGUGUUUGUGAUCUGCACACUGUUUACAGCGGAAAUCAUGUCCACCGUGUACAGCUUUAAUGUUCCUCUUAUAAUAAACAAUUAUACCAAUUGAUACAGAACUGAAUGAAAUAAACAGGAUGUCAACCUCA